AUGGUAGAUAUAAUGAAUCUAAACUGGUGCUCUUGGAAGCCAGUAGUAGUUCGAAUAAAGAUCGAUUUGUCGAGUCCAUUAACAUCAAUGGAGGGACAACCUACAAUAAGCAGGUUUUUCAAGAAAGCCAUCAAAUCAGGGUUGACGCAAAAGCAAGAACAUGAAGUUGCGGUUGGAAAUGACGCUGGUAGUGAGUCCAUCUGCCUUGACACUGACGAAGAGGACAAUCCCCCUCCAAUUGUGGGCCCAACAGUAAUUAGUGAUGGCAUAUCACUCAACGAUGGCGUUCUUUUCAAGAGUUCGAAAUAUUCUGAAAAGGCAAAUAGUACUUCGGCAACAUCUAGUAACAUUGGUUUUGCUAAGAAAUUGGACAGGAUCAUGAAAAGACGAGUUGAUGAGGAUAUUAAGUCUGAUAAAGAGGAGGAGAAUGUGGAAGAGGCUGAGAAAAAAAAAGCCAAAAAACCCACCAUAACGAAACUUACACCCUUGGACAAACAGGUGAAGGACUUGAAAAUGCAUCAUACAGAUAAAGUACUCGUUGUUAGAGUGGGUUAUAAGUAUAAAUGCUUUGCAGAGGAUGCAGUAAGGGUUAGUAGAAUACUUCAUAUCAAGCUGGUGCCUGGAAAAUUGACCAUCGAUGAGUCUAAUCCUCAAGAUUGCAAUCAUAGGCAGUUUGCGUAUUGUUCCUUCCCAGAUGUUAGAUUAAACGUUCACUUAGAGAGACUUGUGCAUCAUAAUUUGAAGGUAGCCGUGGUUGAGCAAGCAGAAACAAGCGCUAUUAAGAAGCAUGACCCAGGUGCCAAUAAAUCAAGUGUUUUUGAGAGGAAGAUUUCAAAUGUUUUUACCAAGGCUACAUUUGGUGUAAACUCUACUUUUGUUCUUAAGGGGAAACGUAUUCUUGGUGAUACAAACAGUAUAUGGGCUCUUUCCCGUAGCGUGCAUAAGGAAAGGGUGGCUAAAUAUUCUUUGAUUUCUGUCAAUUUAAAUAACGGAGAAGUCGUGUAUGAUGAAUUUGAAGAGCCUAAUCUUGCUGAUGAGAAACUACGAAUGCGAAUCAAAUAUUUGCAGCCUAUAGAAGUACUCAUAGACACAGAGGAUCUACCAUUGCAUGUAGCCAAACUUUUCAAGGAUAUUUCAUGUCCUUUAAUUCACAAGCAUGAGGAGGAUUUAGAAGAUGAUGUAGUUCAGGCAAUAAACGUAAUGAAUGAGACAAUAAAACUCUCACCAUCUCUCAUACGCCUAGUUUCCGAGUUAUAUUCUCAUAUGGCUGAAUAUAAUAAUGAGCAAGUGAUGCUGAUUCCUUCUAUUUAUUCACCCUUUGCAUCAAAAGUACAUAUGUUGCUGGACCCUAACACCCUGCAAAGUCUAGAUGUUUUUACCCAUGAUGGUGGUAAAGGUUCCUUGCUUUGGUUAUUGGACCAUACGAGGACAUCGUUUGGGUUUAGGAUGUUAAGAGAAUGGACUCUCAAACCGUUGAUUGAUAUAUGUAAGAUUGAAGAGCGGCUUGAUGCCAUUGAGUGCAUCACAUCCGAAAUCAACAAUAGCAUUUUCUUUGAAUCGUUAAAUCAAAUGUUAAAUCAUACCCCUGACUUAUUAAGGACCUUAAAUCGUAUAAUGUAUGGUACAACUUCUAGAAAAGAAGUCUAUUUUUAUUUAAAGCAAAUAACUUCUUUUGUUGAUCACUUCAAGGUGCAUCAAUCUUACUUAUCAGAACAUUUCAAAUCAUCCGAUGGAAGGAUAAGCAAAAAAUCCUCUUUACUCUUUAGAUUGUUUAGUGAGUUGAACGAACUACUCUCUACCACUCAAUUGCCUCAUUUUCUUACCAUGAUCAAUGUUUCAGCGGUAAUGGAAAAAAAUUCAGAUAGGCAAGUAAUGGAUUUUUUUAAUUUAAAUAACUAUGAUCAUUCGGAGGGGAUAAUAAAAAUCCAAAGGGAUAGUGAAUCAGUAAGAUCACAGUUAAAAGAAGAAUUGGCAGAGAUACGAAAAUAUCUUAAACGUCCCUAUUUAAAUUUUAGAGACGAAGUUGAUUACUUGAUCGAAGUGAAAAACUCGCAAAUCAAGGAUUUGCCCGAUGAUUGGAUAAAAGUUAACAAUACGAAGAUGGUCAGUAGAUUUACCACUCCAAAAACUCAGAAACUGACUCAACAACUAGAAUACUAUAAGGACUUAUUAAUUCGUGAGUCUGAGCUACAGUAUAAAGAAUUUUUGAACAAAAUUACGGCAGAGUAUACAGGACUUCGUAAAAUUAUACUGAAUUUGGCGCAAUAUGACUGUAUUUUAUCGUUAGCAGCCACAUCGUGUAAUGUAAACUAUGUUAGACCAACUUUUGUGGAUGGUCAACAGGCGAUAAUCGCGAAGAAUGCAAGAAAUCCGAUUAUUGAGUCACUGGAUGUUCAUUAUGUACCAAAUGACAUCAUUAUGUCCCCAGAAGAUGGCGAAAUCAAUAUUAUAACGGGACCGAAUAUGGGUGGGAAAUCCUCUUAUAUUAGGCAAGUGGCGCUGCUUACCAUAAUGGCACAGAUCGGCUCAUUUGUCCCCGCAGAAGAGAUAAGGUUGAGCAUAUUUGAAAACGUGCUAACUCGAAUUGGCGCGCACGAUGAUAUCAUAAAUGGUGAUUCUACGUUUAAAGUGGAAAUGCUUGAUAUCCUACACAUUUUGAAAAAUUGCAACAAGCGAUCUUUGCUAUUGUUAGAUGAAGUGGGGAGGGGUACCGGAACGCACGAUGGUAUAGCCAUAUCUUUUGCAUUAAUAAAGUACUUUUCUGAAUUAAGUGACUGCCCCUUGAUAUUGUUCACCACACAUUUUCCCAUGUUGGGAGAAAUUAAAUCUCCGUUAAUAAGAAAUUACCACAUGGAUUACGUGGAAGAGCAAAAACCUGGCGAGAAUUGGAUGAGUGUGAUUUUCUUAUAUAAAUUGAAAAAGGGAUUAACUUAUAAUAGUUACGGGAUGAAUGUAGCGAAAUUAGCACGUCUGGACAAAGGCAUUAUAAAUCGGGCGUUCAGCAUCUCCGAAGAAUUGCAGAAGGAAGCUAUCAACGAAGAUGCGCUGAAACUAUUCAGCUAUCUGAAAAGAAUAUUGAAAAAUGGUGAUAUGACAGCAAGGGAUAAACUUUCGAAAUUGCUAUCAUUGGAUAUUCACUGA